GGACAAGUGAUCUUGAUUCCAUAUAAAACGAUCAGAAAACAAGAUCAAACUGAACAAGUAAAUCAGUUAACUCAAAAUGGUGAUAUUAGCUUUCGUCGUCUUCUUCAUUGCUCCCUUAACUCUCUUUUUCAUACUCCGCCCUAAAAACGCCAUUAAAACCACCACCACCAACACCUCAUCCUCACCUCAACUGCCACUACUCCCCAAAUCAUAUCCAAUUUUCGGAACCUACUUCGCCGCCUCAGCCAACAACCACCGCCGACACCAGUGGUUCACUGAGCUUCUCCAGAACUCUCCCUCCGCCACCUUCGUACUCAACCACCUCCUUGGCCCCCGCCAGAUCAUCACUGCCAACCCCGCCGUCGUCCACCAUAUCCUCAAGUCCAACUUCCCCAAUUACCAGAAGGGUGAAUCCGUCCGCGUCAACCUCUCUGACUUUCUCGGCGACGGAAUCUUCUGUGCCGACGGACAGAGCUGGAAGUUCCAGCGCCAGCUCGCCAGCUACGAAUUCAACGCCAAGUCCCUCCGUAAGUUCGUCGAAACCGUAGUCGAUGCGGAACUUCACGACCGCCUUCUCCCCAUUCUCGCCACCGCAGCCGAAAGCCAAGACGGUGCCGGCGGCGUCCUCGAUCUCCAAGACAUUCUCCAACGGUUCGCCUUCGAUAACAUAUGUAAGAUUGCUUUUGGGUACGACCCGGCGUAUCUGUUACCUUCUCUACCGCAAUCGAAGUUCGCGGUGGCUUUCGACGCCGCGACUAAGAUCAGCGGGGAACGUUCCACGUCUUUGAUCCCUUUGAUCUGGAAGAUCAAGAGGUUUCUGGGAAUCGGUUCUCAGAGAGAACUGGCUAUCUUUGUUUCGGAAGUGAGAGAUUUCGCCAUGACUGUCAUUAGGGAGAAGAAGAAGCUCGCAGAGAAAUCGUCGCUCGAAUCGGUGGAUCUUCUGUCAAGGUUCCUGAGCUCCGGUCACUCCGACGAAAAGUUCGUGACCGAUAUCGUCAUAAGUUUCAUUCUCGCGGGGAGAGACACCACCUCCGCCGCACUCACCUGGUUCUUCUGGCUCGUCUCGAAAAACCCGCGAAUCGAGCGCGAGAUUCUGAACGAGAUAACGAGCGAGAAAAUCUCGUCGGAGGCAGCGGGCUCAGCCUACGAGGAGACAAAGGACAUGGUUUACACGCUCGCGGCGCUGUGCGAGAGCAUGAGGCUAUACCCACCAGUGCCGUCGGAUAGCAAAGAGGUGGGGAACGACGACGUUUUGCCGGGUGGUACGGCGGUGAGGAAGGGAGAGAAGGUGACGUACCAUCCGUACUCGAUGGGGAGAUUGGAGUCGAUUUGGGGUAAGGACUGGGCGGAGUACAGGCCGGAGCGGUGGCUGGAGUGGGACGAGAAGGCUGAGAAGUGGAGCUUUGUAGGGCGUGACCCGUACACUUACCCAGUGUUCCAGGCCGGGCCGAGGAUCUGUUUGGGGAAGGAAAUGGCGUUCUUGCAGAUGAAGAGGGUUGUCGCCGGAGUUAUGCGGCGGUUCAGGGUGGUUUCGGCCAUAGAAGAAGGCGUGGAACCCGUUUUCGUGUCUUAUUUAACUUCCAAAAUGAAAGAUGGGUUUCCGGUCAAAAUUCAGAAGAGAGCUAAUGCUUAAUUAAUUAUCUGCUGAUACGUUAAUUAUGUUUAUUUGAAAUUUUAUCUAUAAUACUAAUACUAAUAUUAUUGUAGAAUAUGAUAUGUUUAA